CGCUGCUGGAUAAACACCGUAAAAUGUCGAGCUCUGGUAUUGUACUUUAUGGAGCGGACCUUAGUCCCUGUGUGAGGACCGUCAAACUCACCCUGAAGGUCCUCAAUGUGGACUACCAAUACAAGGAGGUGAACCUCCAGGCGGGAGAGCAUUUGAGUGAGGAUUUCAUUAAGAAGAAUCCCCAGCACACGGUCCCCACACUAGACGACAAUGGAAGUUUUCUUUGGGACUCCCAUGCCAUCGUUACUUACUUGGUGGAUAAGUAUGCCAAGACGGAUGAGCUGUAUCCCAAGGAUUUGGUCAAAAGGGCCAUCAUCAAUCAACGCCUCUUCUUCGACGCCAGCGUUCUCUUUGCAAGUUUGGCUAAUGUUAGCGGUCCAUUCUGGACAAAAGGUGUUACUGUGGUGCCACAGGACAAACUGGACGCCAUUCAUCGGGGUCUGAGCUUGCUGGAGACCUUCCUUGGCAACAAUCUUUAUCUAACGGGGGAUUCGCUGACACUCGCCGAUCUGUGCACUGGACCCACUGUUAGUGCCCUGCCCGCUGCCGUGGAUAUUGAUGCUGCUGUCUAUCCCAAGGUCACCGCUUGGCUAGAUCGCCUCAACCAGCUGCCUUACUACAAGGAGAUCAACGAAGCUCCAGCUAAGGGUUACGUGGACUUUCUACGCAGCAAGUGGACCAAGCUGGGAGAUAAUUAAGAAAAAACAUCUUCAUCUUAUUUACAUUCCUUUCAUGCUUAACUUUUUGAUAUUCAAAGCACAUUUUUUUAAUAAAUGCAUAUAAAACUUUAAAUUAAAAAUAAACUUUACUAACUUA